ACGAGUUAACAACUACUUAACCGACAUACGUGUUUGCAAAUUUCGGUUUGAAUCAAACCGCCAUUAUUCACAGCUUCCGAAACAGAGAAACACAUUUCUGCGAGUGAGUGAUAAAACGAACUAUUCUCCGAUUAAACGUCGACGUUUAAUCACAAACCCUAGAAUCCCUCAUCGCGAUCCUGGCAGCGAAGUUUGAUGGCGACUAUAAGGCCAUUACCUGAGUCAGUUCGCAGUUCAAUUCGUUCCGGCAUUUCCUUGUUCGACUUCACAAGAAUCGUUGAGGAACUUGUUUUCAAUAGCCUCGACGCUCACGCUACAAAGGUAUCAGUGUUUGUGAAUAUUGGGGGUUGCUACUUAAAAGUAGUUGAUGAUGGAGGUGGAAUUACUCGAGAUGGACUGGAAUUGGUGGGAGAAAGAUAUGCAACAUCAAAAUUUCUUAAUUUGGCUGACCUAAAUACCACAAGUGAAAACUUUGGUUUUCGUGGUGAAGCUUUAGCUUCCAUUUCCGAAGUCUCUUUGUUGGAAAUAGUGACAAGAGCUUAUGGAAGGCCAAAUGGAUAUAAGAAAGUAUUGAAGGGGUGUAAGUGUUUGUAUCUUGGUAUUGAUGAUGAUAGAAAGGAAGUAGGCACAACAGUCAUUGUCUGUGAAAUAUUUUACAACCAACCAGUUCGGAAGAAACACAUUCAAUCCAGCCCCAAUAAGGUACUUCAAUCAAUCAAGAAAUGUGUAAUGCGGCUUGCACUUGUAUGCCCAAAUAUUUCCUUCAAAGUUGUUGAUAUUGAAAGAGAGGAUGAGCUUUUCUGCUCACAUUCUGCUGCUUCUCCACUGUCACUUGUAACCACUGGCUUUGGGGUGGAGGUCACAAACUCUCUUCAUGAAUUAGAAGUUGAAAAUGAUAUCAUAAAGCUUACUGGAUACAUAUCAGGUCCUUGCAAUACCCUGGAUAUGAAGGCCUUACAGUAUCUCUAUAUCAACUCACAAUUCGUUUGCAAGGGUCCUAUUCACAAGCUUUUAAAUCAAUUGGCUAUUGGGUUUGAGCAUCAUAACUCGUGGAGUGCCGAUAAUGAAUGCCAAAACAGAAAGAGAGGAAGAUCUCAACCAUGUCCGGCAUAUAUAUUGAAUUUAAGGUGCCCUCGCUCUUUAUAUGUUUUGAGCUUUGAGCCAUCAAAAACUUAUGUUGAAUUCAAGGAUUGGUCUCCGAUACUAAACUUCAUCGAAAAAGUCAUCAAACAGUUCUGGAAGGGAAGCAUAGCUUGUGGAGAUUCCUCCAAUAAAGCCACUUCUAUGGUUCAAGAAGAUCGACUGGAGAAAGUAGAUUUAGAUGUCAACAACAUUUCAGCGGAAACAGAUAUAUCAAAAUUUGGAAACCAAAAUCGUAAAGAUUGUUUAAACCCCUUCUUUUCCACUUCAGACAAGCUAACUGAAGAUGACAAUCAUCAAUGCAACAGGGAGGAUGUUAGAACCACUGUUGGUUACUUACAUCAAAGGACUGAGAUGUUCAAAGAGAAACAAAAUAAGGGAGGGUUUCACUGUCGGACUGUUUAUUCUGGCAAUUUACUGGAUGUUUCAUUCGCCAAAAGCAUGCCCACCACUAUGAAAAAGAAUAACAACUUUUUGACAUAUGAUAAAGAUUUACUGCAAGGAGGUUACUUUUUGGAUGCUAUGUGUCCUGCUGUAGAAAGUUUCUAUGAUAAUAUACCUUUUUAUGCAACAAGUUCUUCACAUGGAAGAAAAUUAAAUAAAGUAGAUGCUAGUGUGAUCUGUGAACCACUUGAAGGUGAUUUUCUUUAUGAUUCCUAUGGGUUUGGUUAUGAUGUAGAGAUUGGUGGGAAUUUUCAAAAGCCUUUUCUAAAGAGCUGCUCUAAACAAAAAGGAAGUUAUAAGAAGACUUCGCUCAUAAAUGAUGAACUUGAACUCCAAACUUAUAGCUUUUGGAGCAAGCAAAAUAUAGGGGAGGAUUGUUUCAGUGGUAGUAAGGAUUUCUAUACCCGUCCCCGCGUAGAAGUUUCAAAAAAAUUAAAGAUGUCUGAAGAUUCUGAUUUUCUCGCAAAGGCAUGGCCUGAAGAAAAUCGUCUCCCUCCAGAUUCAUGGUAUUCAGCAACAGAAAUAGGUUACUCUGGUUCUAAUGAUCGAUUAUCAAACUCUGAAUGGGAUCCUGUCUAUCAAGAUCCCUCAUCUCGAGCUACUGCAUUGGAUGUUAAUCAUACCAAUGAUAUUAAUGAUCUAAGAGAAGAAUCUAGAUGCUAUAAAAGGAUUCAUCAUACACCAAUUUUUGAUGAAGAAAAUGAGAUCAACUUCAAUUACGAUCUUGGAGGAGCAUCUAGAUACAGUACAAGGAUCCAUCGCACACAUAUUUUUGACGAGGCAGAAAACGGGAACAACUUCAGUUAUGAUAUGUCAAGGAAUGCUAACCGACAUCCCUACACCUCAAGUUUUGCAAAUAGUGGAUAUAGUUUUGAUGGUGCUGUUGAUUGUAAUGAAAUAAUCAACAGAUUGGUUAACGUGCCUGAUUUCGGUGAUACACAUUUCACAGAAAGGUCGGAUAUUUUAAAUGAGGAGCCAGACUGGCUAUUUCCUGAGUCAUGUGUUGGAAACUGUAAGAGACCCAACAUUAUCAAAGGCGAAAAGGAUCGUUAUAGCCAUCCAACUUUGGAUAAGACUCGUGUAAGAUCUAAAAGAAGCUUCUCAGCCCCUCCAUUUCAUAGAAGUAAAAGGAGGUUUUUCUCUUUAAAUCAGCCUCCCAAAAUGGUAGCUAAAAGACCUACCGGUCAAGCAUCCCACCAUGCUUCCAAUCUUCUAGAAGCUAGUGAUUUUAAAUACUCUCAACAUCCUCCUGGUGCUCUUAACCCCAACAAUGAAGAUCUAUUGGAAGAUCUCAAAACGAAUGUGAAACGGAGUUCGGAGGUUUUGGGGGCUACACAGGUUAAUGACAUUGCUGAGAUUGAUGGGUUUGAAAUUUCCAGAGUUCAAAAGAAUGACCCAGUCGGGGAAUUGACAUCUAGGGAAAUGCAAGAUUCCAUAGAUUAUGGGGCCAAAUGGAGGAGCUUCUCACCUAAACCUCCAAAGAAUGAUAAACCAAUUGAUAUUCAAAGUCAAAACAAUAAUAUACUUGACAUCUCUUCUGGAUUCUUGCAUCUUGCUGGAAAUUCACUAAUACCUGAAACUAUCAGUAAGAAAUGCCUCGAGGAUGCCAAAGUUCUCCAUCAGGUGGAUAAGAAAUUCAUUCCAAUCGUGGCUGGCAGAACCCUUGCUGUAAUUGAUCAGCAUGCUGGAGACGAAAGAAUCAGACUGGAAGACUUACGUCAAAAGGUAUUAUCUGGAGAAGCAAAAGCAAUAACCUAUCUAGAUGCUGAACAGGAGCUGGUGCUACCAGAGAUUGGUUAUCAACUACUUCAUAGUUACAGUGAACAGAUUAAAGAUUGGGGAUGGAUCUGUAACAUUCACACUCAAAAUUCUGAAACCUUUAGAAGGAAUUUGGAUGUUCUCAACAGACAACAAAUGACCAUCACUCUUGUUGCAGUACCGUAUAUUUUAGGUGUCAAUUUAAACGAUGUUGAUCUUUUAGAGUUUCUUCAGCAGCUAGCUGAUACUGAUGGAUCAUCAACAAUGCCACCCUCCGUUGUACGACUCCUAAAUUCGAAAGCAUGCAGAGGUGCAAUUAUGUUUGGGGAUUCCUUGCUACCAUCAGAAUGUUCCCUUCUAGUUGAAGAGCUAAGGCAUACAUCACUCUGUUUCCAGUGUGCUCAUGGGAGACCAACCACUGUUCCUCUAGUCAACUUGGAGGCACUGCAUAAUCAAAUUGCCAAGCUUGGACUGAUGAAUGAGAGCUCAAGUAACAAGUGGCAUGGAUUACAAAGACAUAAAGUGUCUAUUGAGCGUGCAGUACAGCGUUUAAGUUCUGGUACAACGAGUUGAGACUUUAGAAAAAACUAAAGUUGUGUUACUUACGACCAGUGGUGGAGAGAUCGGUUUGACAGAAAAAUAAUGAUCCAUUGCCAAAUCAUUCUUUUUGACCUGAGUGUACAGCAACAUUGCCAGAGUUAGAAAUAAUGAAAUACUUACAUGAUAUUAAUGUAAUGCCAUUUCAUAAAGUUUUGUCAUAAUAAAUAAUAAUGGAUCGAACUAGAAUGCAGAUACACAAUCAGUCAAUGAUAAAUAUACAAUUUUGUUUGGUGCUUAGUAUUAGUAUAGCACAAACACAAAUAUGUAAACAUCACUGUAUAGCACAACUGAUUUCAGAGGUGAUUAUGAGCAUAACUGCAAAAGGUCCAUCUA